GCCAUUUUGCUGUUGAGCGCCAAGAGAGAAAGAGCACAUAUUUCUCCGUGGGACACUCCUCGUAUUGGUGGGUGAGAAAUGGGCGACUGGAGUUUCCUGGGGAACAUCUUGGAGGAGGUGAAUGAGCACUCCACCGUCAUUGGCAGAGUCUGGCUCACCGUGCUUUUCAUCUUCCGGAUCCUCAUCCUCGGCACGGCCGCAGAGCUCGUGUGGGGGGAUGAGCAAUCCGACUUCGUGUGCAACACCCAGCAGCCUGGCUGCGAGAACGUCUGCUACGAUGAGGCCUUUCCCAUCUCCCAUAUCCGCCUCUGGGUGCUGCAGAUCAUCUUCGUCUCCACCCCGUCCCUGAUGUACGUGGGGCACGCGGUGCACUACGUGCGCAUGGAGGAGAAGCGCAAAAGCCGCGAGGCGGAGGAGCUGGGCCAGCAGGCGGGGACUAACGGUGGCCCGGACCAGGGCAGCGUCAAGAAGAGCAGCGGCAGCAAAGGCACCAAGAAGUUCCGGCUGGAGGGGACCCUGCUGAGGACCUACAUCUGCCACAUCAUCUUCAAGACCCUCUUUGAAGUGGGCUUCAUCGUGGGCCACUACUUCCUGUACGGGUUCCGGAUCCUGCCUCUGUACCGCUGCAGCCGGUGGCCGUGCCCCAAUGUGGUGGACUGCUUCGUGUCCCGGCCCACGGAGAAAACCAUCUUCAUCCUGUUCAUGUUGUCUGUGGCCUCUGUGUCCCUCUUCCUCAAUGUGAUGGAGCUGGGCCACCUGGGCCUGAAGGGGAUCCGGUCUGCCUUCAAGAGGCCGGUAGAGCAGCCCCUGGGGGAGAUUCCUGAGAAAUCCCUCCACUCCAUUGCUGUCUCCUCCAUCCAGAAAGCCAAGGGCUAUCAGCUCCUAGAAGAGGAGAAAAUAGUUUCCCACUAUUUCCCCUUGACCGAGGUUGGGAUGGUGGAGACCACCCCACUGUCUGCCAAGCCUUUCAAUCAGUUCGAGGAGAAGAUCAGCACAGGACCCCUGGGGGACUUGUCCCGGGGCUACCAAGAGACACUACCUUCCUACGCUCAGGUGGGGGCGCAAGAAGUGGAGGGCGAGGGGCCGCCUGCAGAGGAGGGAGCCGAACCCGAGGUGGGAGAGAAGCAGCAGGAAGCAGAGAGGCUGACCACAGAGGAGCAGGAAAAGGUGGCCGUGCCAGAGGGGGAGAAAGUAGAGACCCCCGGAGUGGGGAAAGAGGGUGAAAAAGAAGAGCUGCAGUCAGAGAAGGUGUCAAAGCAAGGGCUGCCAGCUGAGAGGACGCCUUCACUCUGUCCAGAGCAGACAACAGAUGAUGCCAGACCCCUGAGCAGGCUGAGCAAAGCCAGCAGCCGAGCCAGGUCAGACGAUCUAACCAUAUGAAGUGAUGACAAA